AUGAGGAACUGUCAGUCUCUCUACCUGCCCGCCUCCGUCAUCCCUGUUGUUUUCUCCAUCCUUCCUCUCCUCUUCUGCCCCACAGCUGCUUCUGCAGGGAAUGACUAUGACUGGGGAGCCCACCCGCGCUUUGUGUGCACCCCUAUCCCUAUGGAUGCAGACCCCGCCUGCUUUCCUCCUGGAGGACCGGGCAUGGGCACGUCAGGGCCCAGCGGACAGGGGCAUCACAGUACCCCCGGGGGGCCUCCCACCGGCUGGUGGGGGAUGACGGAAGAGGCCAAAGCCACUAUCCUCCACCUUAGGGAGAGCCUUGUCCAGCAGAAGGAGACCAUCUUAGACCAGAGGGAGACGAUCAGGGAGCUGACCGCCAAGCUCACCCUGUGCGAGGGCUUCGGGCGGGGCAUGACGGCACACGACAACGAUGACCACCACGGCACCGCUUCACACCCCCAUCACGGCGGGGUGGGCGGCCAUCACACUUAUGGAGACAACGGGCCCUAUGGCAACCAGCAGGGUCACCACAGCAACGGCAACCUCAUACCAGACUCACCGCACUACCCCUCCGUGGGGGGGCAUCGAUCGGACGGGCGGCUCGGCAACAACAAACACGGCAAGGAUAAACAUGCCCCGCUGGGGGAGGUGACGUCAUCGCCGGAACAGAUGGAGAGGAUGCUGCAUGCGCUAAAGGAGAGACUGGAGAACCUGCAGCAGAAGAGGAACACGUCCACCACCUACUCCAGCUCUCUGAAGGAACUUCUGCAGAGGAAGAUCAGCUCUCUGGAGCAGCAGCUGCAGCAUCACACCGCUGCCCUCAGCAGCCCAGAUCACCACGACGACGACGACAGCAGCCACCGGGACGACGGCGACCACGACCGCCACCACGACAGACACCCCAACGACCACGAUGACCACCCCGUUGAUGAGCAUGACGACGCCAGCCACCACGAUGACAGGAACCACGGCGACCAUCAUGACGACGGCCACGACGACAACGACCAGCCCCAUGAUGCAGAUGGUGACCGUGACAACCACGACGACAGCCACCACGAUGAUGGCGAUGACGACAGCAACGAAGCAGAUGGUCACAGUCUCACUCCACGCACGGGAUACCCGGGGCCCCGAUCAGGGCUCCAUUCCAGCAAACUGGAAUCGAUGCUGAGCCAGUUGCAUCUCACAGGCUCAAGCAGGAAGACAUUCGAGAGCCCCGAUGCCUUCCAGAUUGGCUUCCCCAUGAGAACCAACUACAUGUACGGGCGGCUGAAGAGGACCCUGCAUCACGAGAUCUUCGCCCUGACCCUGUGUCUCCGGAUCAAGGCAGGCGUGGGACCCGGCCUGGGGACGCCGUUCUCCUACUCUGUGCCUGGACAGGCCAAUGAACUGGUGCUCAUCGAAUGGGGAAACAACCCCAUGGAGCUCCUGGUAGAUGACAAGGCCGUGACACUGCCGCUGUCUCUGGGCGACGGGAAGUGGCACCACGUGUGCGUGACAUGGUCGACGAGGGACGGCCAGUGGGAGGCCUUCCAAGACGGAGUGCACAGGGGAUCAGGGGAGAACCUCUCGGCCUGGCACCCCAUCAAACCUGGAGGGGUUUUCAUCCUAGGACAGGAGCAGGACACCCUGGGUGGUCGCUUUGACGCCACUCAGUCUUUCGUCGGGGAGAUCUCGGACCUUCAAAUGUGGUCGCACGUCCUCGCCGCCAGCGACAUCUACAGCCUGGCCUCCUGUGGCAGCCAUCUUAGUGGCGAUGUCGUCACCUGGUCUGAGACGGAAGUGGAGCUCCACGGCGGUGUCACAAAAUACCCAUUCGACCCUUGUCACUAA